UUCCGCAGAACGCCGCGCAGACAGCACGCGCGCCCGCCGGCGCUUGUGACAUACCGAAACUUUUCACUAGUAUGCCAUGUUCGGACUUUGAGGUGUUUUACGAAAAAGAUGAAGGCGUGGACCGCGACAGAGCAGGACGUCUCGUUGCCAUGCUGCCGCACGCUACACAUCAAGCAUGCGGCGUAUGCGAGCGCACUCUAUACAUUGAACAUAUCAAUAUUAGUGGUGCUGUUAUACAGUUGGAGGAUUGGAGUUAAUGCCAAGCGGUAUAAGGAGUUGGACGAUGUUUAUUAUGGUGUACAGAUAGCGUAUUUUGCAAUUAUAGGAACCCAAAUGUUCAUGAUUAUGCUCAGUAUAAUCUUGUUCUACGGGAUUUAUAAAGAAAACGUGGCGUUCCUGGUUCCAUGGGUGGUGGGCUGCAUGACCUUCAUGGCUUUAGAAGCCAUGGCUGUGGUCUACUCCAACAUCCUCAGAGAUCAUGUUAACAGGCAAUUCGACGCUAUGUGUAAAGCAGAAAUAACAUUUUUAAUACCAAGAAUACUUCUAAACUGCCUGUGCAUCUGGUGCGUGCUCCGGUUGUACCACCUCCUCCGCGCUGGCGUCACCUGGAAGGGUGCUGCGGCCAUCGAACUGUGACUAUUGGAAGACAACCCCCCGGGAGGGCCUCGCGAGUCGACAUUACUACUUGGGGGGGCUGAGAGCGAUACUGACGCUAGUCUUCACUCGCUCUGACUAAUCUAUCUCUUUCUAACAUAUGCAGUG